AUGAAUUUACAAAAUACAUGGAUUUUGGGUGAUAGUGCGUAUCCGUUAAAACCAUACUUACUUACGCCAUUACCAACUGCAAAUACAGAGGCUGAAAGGAGAUUUAAUGUUGCUCACAAACGUACACGUUGUGUAAUCGAACGUACAUUUGGCAUUUGGAAAAUGAGGUUCAGGUGUCUCCACAAGUCAGGUGGAUACAUGACUUACACCCCGAUAAAAUGUGCUAAGAUUAUUACUGCAGUUGCAGUCCUUCACAACAUGUGUAUUACGAGAAAUUUGCCUCUGAUUGAUGACAAUGUAAACCAUGAAGAUGACGACAAUGACAGUGACGUCAAUGGUGACGACAACAAUGAAAAUAAUAGAGAAAACAACAACAACGAUGAUGGUAGACAGGUUCGCGAUAACCUUAUUCGGGAGAUGUUUUCACACGCUAGCUAA